CCCCGUGCCAAAUCUCUUCCGGAGCCUCCGACGCCUGUGCCACUUGAGCUUCCGGAUAUUCUCAGCUCCUUCCGAUACGCUCGCACCGAGCUGGACAGAUCCAUCACAGCCUUGGAGACGAUCCGCUUAGAUCUGAUGACGGAGAAAAGGACUAGUCAGGAUCUCUUGGCAGAACUAGAGAAGACCAAGCGGGACAAGCGAAAGAAGGACCAAGCUCUGCUUGAGGCUUGGGGAGAGGCCGAGGACCUCCGUUCAGCCGUCCUGUUGGCACAACAGCAGAAAGAUGAUGCAAUAUCCAAUGCGAGUCGAGAAGCAGACGACCUUCACGCGACUAUUCAGCGAGUCAGGGAGGAGAAGAGCAAGGCGAUAGCUGAGGGGCAAGGCCUGAAUCAACGGCUCGAAGAACGGCUCAAAGAAACCAAUGGGUUCGUUUCGCGGUUGCAAGCUCAACUGGCAUUGCUUGAGCAUUCGAGUGAUAAAAGUAUCUUCGACCUUCGUCAACAGCUAGACAUGGCUCAGCAAGAGGAAGCUCGAGCCAAGGAAGAGAUGGAAAGCAUGAGGGGCAGACUCGACGAAGCGGAGUUCGCUCACCGAGCUCUGAAGGAGGGUGGUGCCAGAUUAGCUAGAGACCUUGGAGAAAAGGAACGGAGAAUCAUUGAGCUGGAGAAGGCCAUGGGCUUGAGGAGGGGAGGCAAGGUGUAGGCUGAGCAGUUAUUCAAGCGCAAAUCUACCCUAUAAUCGACUUGGCCAUACAGAUAUCUUCGAAGAGCCGGAUGCAGAA